GCAAAAGUACAGAUUAUGUAUUCGAUGUUAUAUGACAUUGAAACUACGCAUUCAUCUAAUUCACACACGUGUGGGUAUAAGUAAUUGCGUCAUCAUCCGACAUAUAAUUGAUGUUCGUAGAGUGGCCGGUAACAAUAUCGUCCUCAGAGUAUAUCUGAUCGAAUGCCUACCGAUGAGAAAGAGAGGAACUUGUUUAGCAAUAAUCGACAUGUUCUGGAUAGUCGGCUACCUAUCAGCUUUAGGUGUUUCCUGGUCCUUGAUGCCGUCCGUUAUACGCAUGCUAGGCAAGCAAUUCCGUACGAGUUCCUGGCGAGUCCUCGCCGCUCUCUGCGGUAUGCCGAGCCUGAUGAUCGCUUGCACCUCUGGUCUCCUUCCGCUGAGUCCUCGACACUUGCUGUACCAUCGACGUCCGACGCAAGCGCUUGCGGUGCUCCGACAGAUGUACGCCAUCAAUAAUUCGAAACACGCCGAUACCUACCCGAUCAGGAAUCUAGAAGGCUGCGUACGCCCAGACGACGAUACCGAAGAUGACAGUAUUUCAAAGUACUUUACGAAAACUUGGGAACGCAUUCACAGAAUACACAAGCCUCCGUAUAAGUGCGUGACACUGUGCGGGAUACUAGCGUGUCUUCUACACUUUCCCGGAUUCGCUUGGCUCGCUCUGUGGAAUACGCACGUGCUCCAGGAAAUGGAAAGAGACCAUGUCGUGAGUGGAAACGACACGUGUAACGUCCGUGUCCAGAACCUGGCAUUAGGUUUUUUGCGAAGUUGCGACGAAGUGAACGAGGCUCGUUUCGGGCUGCUGUUGCUGGUAUCGCUGGGCUACAUGCUGGGAGAAAUGUUGCUCGUUAUCGGAAUUGAUGCCAUUGGCAGAAGACCGUAUUUAAUAUCUUCAGGAUUGGUGGGUGGUGUGGUCUCGCUCAUACUUAUUUUCCGGCUGUUUCACACAAUUCGUGUAAUUCUGUCGUCGAUUUUUCUGGCCGCUUACGCUAUCGGGCGCACAACGACGUCGGUUUUGCUGCUGGAGAAUUAUCCCACCGCUCUGAGAGGCACGGCGAUGGGUCUGAUGAGAGUGCUUCCACAUUUGGCGCUUUUCGCGACGCAACUCUUCCUAAGGACGACUUGCCUGCUAAGUAUAAUCGUCGCGUCUGUUAUCUUAAUAGGUGCGGCCGCGGUAAUGCUACCAGUGCCGGAUUUAACCAGAUUACCGAUGAAGGAAUAAGUCAAACUUCCAAAGAC